GUGACGGGGACUGGUGAGUUCCGCUCGCGCUGCGUUUCCACGGCGGCCGCAGGAGUGGAUCGCGGGCCUGAGGCGGAGUGGGAGCGGCAACGGCAACGGCGUCUGGCUCCGUCGUCCGGGCCUGAGGUGGGCAAGAAACGGGCUCCGAGGACCACCGAGCUGAUUAAUCAAAAGACAGAUGAAGAGCGGACGUGAGCAGGGACACUUUGUAAAUACAGCGUUUUGCUCUUGGAUAUCAUAAAAUUUGUGGUCUAUUAUAGCAGCCUUGACCAUGUCAGUGGAUAUGAAUAGCCAGAGUUCUGAUAGUAACGAUGACUAUAAUGGAGACUCUGAGGAGGAGGAAGAGGAUCAAGGGGAUAUGCGUGACUAUUAUGAUGGGGUAGCGAAUGAUGUGGAAGUGCAAGGUGCAGACUCCUUUGAUCCAGAAGAAUACCAGUACACGUGUCUGUCGUACAAGGAGUCAGAGAAUGUACUAAAUGAACAAGUUGACUCAAUGGCAGAUGCUCUAAAGGUACAGCCGUCUGUAGCCAAGCUUAUUUUAGUUAACUUCCACUGGAAGACCUUUGAUAUUUCAGAAAGGCAUAAAUCUAACCCAACUCAGCUUCUGGUAGAAGCCAGAGUUCAGCCAAAAACAACAAAAAGUACGUUUAGCCAUUCUUCCCAUCAUUGUGGCGUGUGCCUCCAGAAUGUUCGGAAGGAGAACUUGUUGUCCUUGCCCUGUCAUCAUUUGUUCUGCCGCAGUUGCUGGGAACAGUACAGUACCGUGCUAGUCAAAGAUGGCAUUGGAGUCGGCAUAUCCUGCAUGGCACAAGACUGCUUGCUUCGAACGCCUGAAGACUUUGCUUUUCCUUUGAUCUCUAAUGAAGAACUAAGAGAAAAAUAUAGGCGCUAUCUCUUCAGAGAUUAUGUAGAGAGCCAUUAUCAACUGCAGCUUUGUCCUGGUGCUGACUGUCCAAUGGUGAUCCAGGUACAGGAGCCUAAGGCUCGGCGUGUGCAGUGCAGCCGCUGUAAUGAGGUCUUCUGCUUCAAGUGUCGCCAGAUGUACCAUGCUCCCACCGACUGCACCACUAUUAAAAAGUGGCUCACUAAAUGUGCUGAUGACUCAGAAACCGCAAAUUACAUCAGUGCACAUACAAAAGAUUGUCCUAAGUGCAAUAUUUGCAUUGAGAAAAAUGGAGGGUGCAAUCACAUGCAAUGUUCCAAGUGCAAGCAUGAUUUCUGUUGGAUGUGCCUGGGAGACUGGAAGACCCACGGCAGCGAGUAUUAUGAAUGCAGUCGGUACAAAGAGAACCCUGACAUUGUGAAUCAGAGCCAGCAGGCACAGGCUAGGGAAGCCUUGAAGAAAUACUUGUUCUAUUUCGAAAGGUGGGAAAACCACAAUAAAAGCCUGCAGCUGGAAGCACAGACAUACCAGCGGAUUCAAGAAAAAAUCCAGGAACGUGUUAUGAAUAAUUUGGGAACGUGGAUUGAUUGGCAGUAUUUACAGAAUGCUGCAAAGUUGCUUGCCAAGUGUCGGUACACCUUGCAGUACACCUAUCCAUACGCAUACUAUAUGGAGUCAGGGCCCAGGAAAAAACUGUUUGAAUACCAGCAAGCACAGCUGGAGGCAGAGAUUGAGAAUCUGUCAUGGAAGGUGGAGCGAGCAGACAGUUAUGACCGAGGGGAUCUAGAGAAUCAAAUGCAUAUAGCAGAACAGAGGCGUAGGACACUGCUUAAAGAUUUUCAUGACACCUCAGACUAAAGGAGUCCUUUGGACAUGGUGACACUUCGAAUGAGACCUUGGCUGGGGAAGAUGAAGAAAUACUGGCUUUAGUUCCUUGUUUCUUUUAUCAUCUGACAUCCUUUGGUUUUCUUUUGUUUGUUGGAAUAGUCAGAAACACUCAUGGGUGUUUCCAUUCAUGAGUUAUAAUAGUGUUAGACUUUUUUUUUAGAGGAAAAAAAGAUGUAUUUCUUUUUUUUUAAAAAAGAAGAAUGUGUUAACAUUUUAAGAAGUCUUGGCUUUUACAAACACUUUCACAGAGACUGGAAGGAUUGCAGAAGCCUCAACACCCCACAGACUUUUAAUGUAAGUUUUCACUAGAACAAGAAUAUUUGGGACAUCUGUGGCACAACCUAAUUAUAUCGUGCACACUGGCACCAACGCACGCUGCUUAAGCGACGGCUGGGAAUUGAAAACUGCUUAAAGAGGAGUUGUUUGGGAAUUAUUUGGUUUUCUGGUAUCUUGCUUUAAUGUUAGUUGCCUGCUUUGGCUGGGAACAAUCUUCUUUCUGUUUGAUUUGAGGGGGAAUAAUGUCAACAUUAAUUUAUAUGUAGAUGAAGGAAGUGGCCUGUCUUUGUGACAUGUAGUGAACUUCCUAAUACCUGCUGGAGAGCAAGUAAAAAAUACCCCCUGCAUUCUCCCCAAGGUGGAAAGGGAACGGGACAAUUGAAUAAGUUUGUUGUUGUUAUCUCUAUUUUGAGCAGAACAGCUGAUGACUCGUACUGGUAACGAUGCUCUUGAAUAUUCAUGAACUUCAUGAAAUACCCAACUCGCUCCCCACCCCACACCUUACCAUGCACAGCAGUUUGUUACAACCUUGUUACCAGAUCAGCAUCAACAAUUUUUAAAAUAGUUUAUACCCUUUUUUAAAAAGAGGAAAAAAAAGUGUUUUGAGCUUUUUUCCCUAGACACACUUCUUGUAACGGUUUAGUGAUGUACUUACUCUUGGUAAAAUGGGUCCUGGUUGUGUAUGUGGGUUACCAGGAUAUAUAAUAAGUAUGUUUUUAUACAUUUCAUAUUUGUCACACUACCUCGAGUGCGUUCAGCAUUCUGAUCCAUAUUAGAAGAGUGAAAAAUUAAUUUUUGUUUCGCUUAGCAUUGGUGAGUAGGGGAACUAUUUAUGACGUGAAUCUUUCUUCUUUCUCCUCCCCUCUGACGAUGCAGCUGAGAGGUUGUGUAACUGCUGUAAUGUUUUCAACUAUUUGUGCUUUGUGCAGCAAUAGAACCACUGUAUCCUUGUUACUGGUAUAAAAGACUAUUUAAUUCUACAGGCUUGCCAUUGUCUGAAACCUUGCUGACCCUUUUCCCAGUCGAGUGCCACCUUCCUGAGUGCAGCGCGAACUGAGCUCUGGGUGAAUUUGAUUCUUUUCGACUGUUUGUCUUCUGCUGACCAGUGGCCGUGCUCUGAAUUUAGAUGACACCUGGUAUCAGUGAUCUAGCCACCUGUCUCACUGGCAUGCGUCACCAUAACUGCGGAUCAGCUGAUGCAGGAUGUGGCGGCAAUGUUGACCACUCUGUUUGAUUUAAUUUUUCUUCCUCUCAAGACAAGAGUUUUGAAAUUUCUGUCCCUUGAGAUCCAGUUUCUGGUUUUCUCCAAUGGCAAGGAACUCUUUGCAAGCAAUAAAAAUGUGUUUUUUUUCUAUUCUGCAGCAUAACUAGUUGGAAGAUUUCAACAACUAAUUUAAUUUUGAGCUUGUUACUAUGCAUGCUCAAGGUUUGCAGUGUUACUGAAACCACUUGAUUGAAUUAUUACCUUGUAGCUGCUGCCCUCUUAUCCCAAUGUGAGCUGAAUCACAUGGAUAACGUUGAAUAAAUCUCACAGCAAUGUAGAUUAACUCUUAACCCUUUUGCUUCCUGUUUCCAUUUUGAAUUUGGGCUGUUUGCUGGAAUUGGGGAAAUGUUUCAAUUGGAUCCCUCUGCCUGGGGGACUGGAAGUUUUGAUUGCCAUCAGAAAGUCUCAUCUCACAGUAUUAGAGUCAUAGAGUUAUAGAACACUACAGCAGAGAAACAGACCCUUCGGCCCAUUUAGUUGGUACCAACUUAAUAAUCUGGCUAGUGUCAUCAACCUGCACCUGGACCAUAGCCCUCCAUACCCCUCUCAUCCAUGUACCUAUCCAAAAUCCUCUAAAAGUUGAAAUCGAACCGGCAUCCUCCUCUUCCACUGAAAGCUCAUUCCACAGACCCACCACCCUCUGAGUGAAGAAGAUCCCCUUCAUGACCCCCUUAAACAUUUCACCUUUCACCAGUAACCCAUGACCUCUGGUUCUAGUCUCGCCUAACCUCAGUGUAUAAAGACUGUUUACUUUUACCCUUUUUAUACUCAUAAUUUUGUUUACCUUUAUCAAAUCUUCCCUCAUUCUACGCUCAAGGGAAUAAAGUUCUAACAUAUUUAAUCGUUCCCUAGGUUGACUCGGGUCCUCAAGUCCUGGCAACAUUCUUGUAUCCUGCCUGUAACAGCCUGUCCUUUUAUUUCCACCGUAGAAUCCCUGAAGCACUUUCUGCAUCUGUUUGAAUUUUAUUUUCUCCAUCAUUUGAAUUGACGCAGUUUCCUGAAGUGUAACCCGUCCUUGGCUUUUGAGAGGUUGCCAUUUCAACAGAAGGUGUUUGGGCGUCUCAAUGCUGACUAAUCUGCAAAUCUGAGCAGUUAUUGAGACCUCUGACCUUGUGUCUGAAGCAUUAGAUUUAGUGGUCCGCUGGCUAAUAAUUGUAGUUCUUCCAUGUGUUGCCAAAACAAAAACCAAUGUAAAAUCAAAAUGCCCAUCACUCUACUUCAAGUUGAAAUUGUAACCAAUUUUCCAGAAGUUUUCAGAUAGUCAUCACCCUUUCACUGUCAUGGUUACUGAACCACCGUUAACAAUCACUCAAAAUCAAACUCUCAGCAGUGUACACUGGGCAUAUAAUACAGAUGAAGUCCAAUUAGCCUGUGGUGCCUCUGCUAGCAGUUUAAUCUGAUUGUCCUUUCCCCUGUACCUUUGGUCAGGUUGUGUUACUUUUUACUCUCCAUCCUUCUGAAUAAUGUUGGAUUUCUGGAGGUGUUGGGGAAUUCUCAAUUUGUGACUUCGGAGUGAUGUAGAAACUGUAUUUCUACCACUUCUUGUCCCCACUGCAACUUGCCCUUUUUUUUGCCCAGUCUGGAGAAACCUCGUUGCCUCUCCCUAUAAAGUGAUGUCAUCCUUGUGGCAGAGCUAACCUGUAGGAAUCAUAUACCUUCCUCAUCUGUAAGUGGAAGUUCUGUAUCUGGAAAUUUCAGGGAUGAACCUCAAGAACAAUGGUCUCAGCUGUCUUCACCUGUUGAGAUGAUUUGAUGAUGGAGCAAGUAUCUCACUGCUCCUAAAGAUCCACUGAGUCUGAUAAUCUCUUGUGUGAAUAGAGUACAUGCAACCUCUGUUAUUUCCAACAAAUACAGAUUAGUCAUUUCCAAGUAAUCUAGUAAUACAGCAGUGAAAUGAGAUUUAGGGAGUUUACACUG